AUGAUCAACAUCAACAAUGCUAUGCAUGAAUAUCGCAAGAGUAUCCGGCCGACUGGCAUCAACAAUUCUAUACAUGCUAGCAUCGAAAUUCCGGAUUUAAAACUCGGCUAUGUCCCAGGCGACAUUGUCCAAGGCGUUGUGAAGAAGGUCAAUGCCACCGACGCUGCAGAAACCGUAUCGGUGGUACUGAAACUGGUCGUGAGAAUCAAAACGCAAGUUACAGAGGAAUCUUCGAAUAGCGACGGGAAGAGUUCAAAAUGGCACUAUAAAGGAGACCGGACUCUUUAUGACUUCACACAACCCGUCUUCACGGGGCCCGCGCCGCCGGGCAUCAGCACCUGGCCAUUCACCAUCCAGUUGCCGGACCAGUUCUACGAUGGACGGCCCAACCUGCCGCCGACCUUCUACCGCCCAUCGGAGAGCAUUAGGGUCAGCGAGGAGCGUGACUACAUCUACGUCGAGCACCUGCUGGAAGCCUCGAUCUGCCCCGCCACGCCAGCGCCUUGGACGCACCAGCAGCAGCGGCACAGCAACCCCCUGCCCACGGCGACCUUCCCGCUCUACGUGCGGCCGCGGGCGACGACGGAGCCCGUGCGGGACCCGGCGCCGCGGCUGAUGUUCCACGAGCCGGAUCCGGUCAAGACGCUGCGGCUGGAUCCCGCGCAGGGGGACAAGCCGCUGUCGUUCUCGCAGCACAUGGCGAGCAUCUUCAAGCGCGACACGCUGCCGCAGUUCGGCUACCGCCUCCACGUCGAGGCCGCGUCCGUGGUCCAGCUCGAGCACCCGGCGCCGAUCCACCUGCGCGUGCGCGCCGAGGUGGCCCGGCACCCGGCGCGGACGACGUCGCCGGCCCUGGUGGACAAGCCACCCGAGCUGCUGCUGGAGGGAGCCAAAGUCACCCUCCAGGCCGCGACACAUGUUAACGAUCUUGAGGGCCGUAGCAGGCACGUGACGGGGGCGAAGGAGGGCCGCUGGCAGGACGCCUCCGUCCGAAACUGGACCAUGGCGCAUUGGAGCGGCGGUGACGCUGACGGCAAAGUUGGAACUACCAAUUCAACAGUCAGAAUCCCCUUCAAUGCCCCACAGGGUCAGGGUGAGCAGGUAGAAUCGCUGGACCUGGGCAGCAUGCUGGGACUGAGGAUCUCCUCACGCGACGGCACCCCUAAUAUAUGGACCAAGACUGUGAAGCCUGUCUUCCCUUCCUUCACUACGAACCACGUGUCGCACGUCCACCAGCUCAAAUACAAGCUCACCAUUCUCUGCGCCGGGAAGAAGCGAACCAUCAAGGGUGUGAUCCCCGUCGCUGUCCUAACUCCGAGUGAGGUACAGGAACGCACUCGAGGAGAGCGGCUGGACGCCAUGUUGCCGAACCGCGAGGGCGUCAUGCGGGCGCACCGGGCCUGGACAGAAGGAACAGUGGACGUGAUUGAGAUGGCCGAGGCCGUCACAUUCGCUGAGAGAAUCACAACACAAGGCCCACCGGCGUUCGACCAGCCGCCAGCCUACAAUUCUACUUCUAUGGUAGAUGGUGGGGAGAAGCCGUUUACCAAGGAUUGGAAACCUACUCCCGGCCCGUUGCCUUAG